AUGGAGGAAUUGGACAUCAAAUUCAACGUGAUGGUUUCCUUAUUCAACUGGAUGCAGAAGAGCAAAUCCUCCGCGACGAAGCGUUCCAAGUUCCGCAAAUUCCUCGAUGCUUUCUGCCGGAAACCGGGGUACUAUUUCAGCACCGUCCGCUGGGUGGCGGGGAGAGGGGGUCGUGCUAGGGAAAGGGCAGGGGGUGGCAGGGGAGGGGGUCGUGCAGGGGAGGUGGCGGGAGAAGCUGGGGAAAGGGCAGGGGGGUGGGGAGAGGGGAGUGGCGGGAGAAGCUGGGGUGUGGCAGGGGUGGCGGGGGGCUGGCAGAGGAAAGGGAGGGGCUCGCGGUGUCAGAGGGGGAAGGGGCGCAGGGGGUGGCGGGAGGAGAAGGGGAAAGGGAGGAGAGGGGUGGCGGGCGUGAGUGCUACUGGGAGGUAA